GAAUUCGCAGUUCGUCUUGGGCGGUCCGGGAACUCUGAACUUCAGCCAAUGGCAGUUGGAGGACAACGAGUUGAUCUGCAGCACCGAAGCAGUGAAGCAGAUGGCUUUGGAGGAAGAGGAAGAAGGAAAAGCGAUCAAAUUAGCGCUGAAAUUGAGCAGGAAAGAAAAUCCAAGCGGUAAAACUUCUUUCUUCGAACAGGCGGACAAGUUGAAGCAACACAAUUUGGUCAAACUCCUACUGGAAGAAGACGUCAUCUCCGCAGGGAGGACGACGAACAUUCUCAGGGAGCUUCUAGAAAGCAGGCGCGCGAUUCGGCGGCUCUACCUCGAUGGGAAUCAGUUCUCCGCGGAAGCGCUUCUGAACUUCCUGAAGCUCUGGAACAAGGACUAUGCAAAGACAGUCGCGGCUGCUGCAGUGAUGAAGAACAAAAAUGCUGGACCCACAGCAAAUUCGAAUACCUCUUCCGACGGCGCAACUUCAUCCGAUGAUGAACAAACAGACGAGGAAAACAAAAGCAAAACUCCAAAAGUCCUUUCCCACCUCCAGGAGCUCGUGAUUGGCAACAACCCACAGCUCGGCGAUCUGUUCCUAGUCGGCCUGGUCCAGCCAACGUGUCUGUUACCAAAAUCUCUCCGGCGGUUGGAUCUCCAAGGGUUCAAGCGGUGCUCGCCCGGACUGUUCUUGCAGCUUUUCAGGUCGCUCUCCGGGUACACGCCGUUCUUGAUGGACCUGAACGUCAGUGACUGCGGGCUGGGGAGAACGACGGGGCAGGCGGAGGUGGUGGAGCUGCAGCACUUGACGUUUUUACAGAAACUGGAUUUGAGCAGGA